AUGGCGGCACGUUUGGGUUGUGAACACUAUGCGCGGAACUGUUUAUUAAAAGCACCAUGCUGUGGUAAACUGUAUGUGUGUCGGCUAUGUCAUGAUGCAGAGGAGAACCACCAAAUGGAUCGCUUCAAAGUAGAAUGGGUACAAUGCUGUAAGUGUGAAACAUUACAACAGGCACAACAGGCAUGUCAGCAGUGUCAUGUGCAGUUUGGGGAGUAUUACUGUGAUAUUUGCCACUUGUUUGACAAGGAUAAGAAACAAUACCACUGCCAUCCUUGCGGCAUCUGUAGGAUUGGUCCGAGAGAGAAGUAUUUUCAUUGUGAUAAGUGCAAUCUGUGUUUAGCGCAUGACCUGCAGGGGAACCACAAGUGUGUUGAGAAUGUUUCCAGGCAGAACUGCCCAGUGUGUAUGGAGGAUAUCCACACAUCUCGAAUUGGAGCGCAUGUUCUUCCCUGUGGUCAUCUUCUCCAUAAAAGCUGUUUUGAUGACAUGGUCAGAACUAGUGCUUACCGCUGCCCACUUUGCAUGCACUCUGUUUGGAACAUGGCCGAAUACUGGGAUCAGAUUGACAAAGAGAUUGCCAUGUCACCAAUGCCAACAGAAUACCAAGGCACCACUGUCAAAAUCAUGUGUAAUGACUGUCAAGCCCACUGUACGGUGCCUUUCCAUGUCCUGGGGAUGAAGUGCACUGGUUGUGGCUCAUAUAAUACCGCACAGGACGGAGGUCUCAUCCAGCAGCCUCUGCAGCAGCAUCCUGAGGCAGAUCAUAACAAUGAGCCAGAGACAGAUGCUGAGCAGCAGCAAAAUGAUCAAUCUGAGUGA